AAAUCUCUCUCUCUCUCUCUCUCUCUCUCUCUCUCUCUCUCUCUCUAUAUAUAUAUAUAUAGUAAGAAUCUCUCAUAAUCAUAGGCUUUUAAUUAGGAUCAAGCGCCAUGGUUAAGCUGUACUUGUUUUGGAGUAUGUUACUGUGUCUUAUCGCCUCCAUUAAAGCAGCUCAAGAAGGUGCACUCAUCACUUACCUACCUGGUUUCAAUGGCAAUUUCCCAUCAAAGCACUACUCAGGGUAUGUGAGUGUUGGAGGUCAGAAGAGUCUGUUCUAUUACUUCGUUGUUUCUGAGAGAAACCCAUCAAAGGAUCCUGUUGUCUUGUGGCUCAAUGGAGGACCUGGUUGCUCUAGCUUCGAUGGCUUUGUUUAUGAACAUGGGCCAUUUAAUUUUGAAGAAGGGCAGCCAAAAGGAAGCCUGCCCAUAUUGCAUCUCAAUCCAUAUAGCUGGUCUAAGGUUUCAAAUAUUAUCUAUUUGGAUUCUCCUGCUGGUGUUGGAUUAUCAUAUUCAAAAAAUGAAAGUGAAUAUGAAACUGGAGACCUAGCAACUGCUGCUGAUACACAUUCUUUUCUUCUUAAGUGGUUUGGGCUAUAUCCAGAGUUCCUUAACAAUCCUUUUUAUGUUGCUGGAGAGUCUUAUGCUGGUGUUUAUGUGCCCACUCUUGCUUCUCAACUAGUCAAAGGGAUUAAAGCUGGUGUAAAUCCAAUCAUCAAAUUUAAUGGUUAUAUUGUGGGAAAUGGGGUCACGGAUGACAAAUUUGAUGGUGGCAAUGCUCUUGUCUCUUUUGCACAUGGGAUGGGCCUUAUCUCCGACGACAUUUAUGAGGAAGUUCAAGCUGUUUGUAAAGGAGAAAUUGAUGACCCUGGCACUAAUUGCUUUAAGAGCCUGGAAAAAGUUUACAAGGCACUUGAUGGGCUAAAUGUUUAUGACAUACUUGAGCCAUGCUACCAUGACCCUGAAUCAAAAUUAGACACCAAAAGAAACACAACUUUGCCUGCCAGUUUCCGGCAACUGGGGAAGACCGAGAAGAAUAUUCCGGUAAGAAAGAGAAUGUUCGGUCGAGCUUGGCCGCUAUGGGCAGCGGUGAAAGAUGGGAUUGUACCAUCCUGGCCUGAACUAGCAAAGCAAGGGAGUGUUGGAUGCAUGAAUGAUGAAAUUGCAACUACAUGGCUAAAUGACAAGCUAGUUAGGGCAGCAAUUCAUGCAAAACCGAAAUCGAUAGCCGGUCCUUGGGAGUUAUGCACCCACAGGUUACUGUAUCGUCACGAUGUAGGAAGUAUGAUUCCUUAUCACAAAACCCUAACUUCACUGGGAUAUCGAGCACUUAUUUUCAGUGGAGACCAUGAUAUGUGUGUGCCUUUCACUGGAAGCCAAGCUUGGACUAAAUCACUUGGAUAUAAGAUCAUAGAUGAAUGGAGGUCAUGGGUAUCUAAUAAUCAAGUUGCUGGGUACUUACAAGGAUACGAACAUAACCUUACAUUUCUCACCGUUAAGGGAGCAGGGCAUACAGUUCCUGAAUAUAAGCCACGAGAGGCGUUGGAUUUCUACACUCGUUGGUUAGAUGGGAAAUCGAUAUAAUCAAUUGAACGGUCUGAUGAGAUUAUUUUUUAAAAUUAGAAAAGAAAAUUUCGAUUUGUUUGUUUCUAAGAAUGAUAAGAAGAAGGAAAAAAAAAAAAAAAAAUUCCAACUCAUUGAUUGGGUUUGUUUUAGCAAGAAGUGACAGAAGAUGUCAUUUUCUUGUUUUUGUAAUAGUAAUUAAUUGAAAUAAAAGAGCUAGAGCAAGCUGUGAUGGAUUGACUUCCGCUGAUCAUGGAAGCAGUCUUUCUCUGUAUU